CUCUCCCUCCUCCUGGAGAAUCGGGAACGGAAACCUCGCGGCACUUGCCGCGAGAUGUUAUGUGGACGAUGGCGUCCGAAAACAAACGGAAGCGCCGAAAGGUGACCACAUAGGAGGGGGGGAGGGCGGAGAAAAAAUCCUCUCAGCUUCUUGCCUCGCUCAGGAAGCCUGUUUGGCGAUGGCAGCAGCGACGACACCCCCCGCGCACUGGAGCCGCUUCGAGCAGGAGCAAGACGUGACGUUGCGGGAGCUGAUCCGAAGGGUAACCGGCCUGAGCGGGCAAAGCAAGGAAGAGGCGGCCCACUUCCAGGCGGCGCUGAACUUCUCCUGGUCCAACUUCAGGUUUCAUCAAUUUCUUGAUGUCAGCCAGCACAAAGUGGACAAAAUAAUAGAGGGGAUUUAUGAAAAGCUGAUAGUUCAUUCAGACCUUGUUAAAGCUGCAAGCUGGAAGAGUUUAACAGAAGAGUUUCUGAAUUCUCCGCUUCCAACUACUGAAGGAACAAAGACAGAUGUCCAUUAUGCCAUACUCUCUCUUCUGUUGUGCUUAUCUGAUUCUCCUUCCAACACCAGUUAUGCAGAAAAACCAAGAGAGCAAGAAGUGGAAAAAGAAGAAUUUGAUUGGAGGAAAUACUUGAUGGAAGGUGAAGAAUUUGACUAUGGUCCUGAUGUAGAAACACCAGAGUGGUCUGAUGUAAGUGAUGAUGAUGAAGAUACUGAACCACUGAGUAGAGAAGACUCUGGCAUUCAGGUGGACAGGACACCCCAAGAAGAUCAGGAUCAAAACAAGAAGUCAUCACAUGUCACAUGGAAAGGUGAACCUGAUGCACGUACCUGGCUAGAGCAACAUGUAGUUGCUCAAUACUGGACUGGCAGAGGAGUUCGUUUUCCCCAUAGUUUGCAUUUUCAUUCCAAUUUAGCGGCUGUAUGGGAGCAGCACUUAUAUACUAGUGAUCCCUUGUACAUGCCGGAAGAGAAAAUUAUUGUUACUGAAACACAAGUCAUUCGUGAAACAAUUUGGCUGCUUUCAGGCGUAAAAAAUCUGUUUAUAUUUCAACUGAAUGAUGGAAAGAUUACUGUGAGAAAUGACAUCAUGAUGACUCACUUGACCCACAACUCAUUAAGAUCAAUGUUGGAGCGGAUAGCAGCAUAUGGGCAAGUUGUAUUUAGGCUGCAGAAGUUUAUUGAUGAAAUAAUGGGUCACAGCACAGAAAGUGGAAUACAUGGAAUCAUUUCCACUCCCAAGAAAUCGGCAGAAGCCCCAUUUAGAACCUAUCAAGCUUUCAUGAGAGCCCUCUAUAAAUAUUUCAUAAGUUUCAAAGAGGAACUUACCGAAAUUGAGAGGAGCAUAAUCAACAAAGAUGCAACAAUCACUCUUUCCAUAGUCAUGGAUAAGUUAUCACAUCGAUUAGCUCAGCUCAAUAUACUUCAUAAGGUUUUUAGCACUGGAGUAGCAGAAGUACCUCCUGACACUCGCAAUGUUGUAAGAGCAUCUCAUUUGCUCAAUACCCUGUACAAAGCAAUUCUUGACUACGAUAACGUUGGGGAAGCCUCUGAACAAACGGUAUCCCUCUUGUUUUCUCUCUGGGUUGAAACAGUGAGGCCAUAUUUACAGACAGUGGACGAAUGGAUUGUCCAUGGUAACUUAUUUGAUCCAGCAAAAGAAUUUAUUAUUCAGAGAAACAAAAACGUUCCAGUUAACCAUAGGGAUUUCUGGUAUGCUACCUACACUUUGUAUAGUGUGUCGGAAAAGACAGAGAAUGAGGAAAAAAUGAGUGAUAAUGCUAGUGCCAGUUCCGGCAGUGAUCAGGCACCCUCAAGUAGACAGCAUACCAUGGUCUCUUUUCUGAAACCUGUACUAAAACAGAUCAUUAUGGCUGGAAAGUCCAUGCAGUUGUUGAAGAACUUGCAAUGCACAGAUGGUUCUCCACAGCAGGCUGCAUCAAGAGAUGCAGAGAGGAAAAGCUUGUACACAUUAUUUCUGGAGUCUGUGCAGUCACGCCUACGGCACGGGGAGGAACCUGUUCAAGAUAUCAUUACAGAACAGCAGGCCACCAAGCAAAGUCUAAUAAAGAUGCAAUCUAUUGCAGCAAGACACUUAGAGCUGGAUGAUGUUCACGAUCCCUUGCUGGCUAUUAAUUUUGCAAGGUUGUAUUUGGAACAAGGCAGUUUUCAUGAGACGCUUACUGGUGAUGAUGUAUGCGUGGAUAGAUCAUCCGAAUCAGUUACGUGCCAGACAUUUGAACUGACAUUGAGGUCAUGUCUUUAUCCUCACAUAGACAAACAGUAUCUGGAGUGCUGUGGAAACUUAAUGCAAACAUUGAAGAAAGAUUACAGGCUGGUAGAGUACUUGCAGGCCAUGAGAAUUUUCUUGCUUGAGGCUGGUGAUACUAUGUAUGACUUCUAUACCUCCAUUUUUGAUAAAAUAAGAGAGAAAGACACAUGGCAGAGCGAACCAUUCCUUAAUGUCCAGCUCCAAGAGGCAGUUGGACAGCGUUAUCCAGAGGAUAGUUUAAGGUUGUCUAUAUUGUGUGAAAAUAUAGAUAUAGCAAAGAAGAAGCUUCCUGUUCAUACCUUGGAUGGCUUAAUAUUGAGCUACAAGGUCCCUUGGCCUGUGGAUAUAGUUAUAAGUGUGGAGUGUCAAAAAAUCUAUAACCAAGUGUUUCUUCUAUUGUUACAAAUAAAGUGGGCCAAAUAUAGUCUGGAUGUAUUACGAUUUCAUGAACUAGUCAGGGCUGCAGAAAAGCCCCAGAACAACGGAGGAGCUGUACUUGAACAAGAGACAUUUCUUCACUUUGGAUCACAAUUGGAGCCCAUUAAGCAACAAACUCAUCGGAUGUUCCUUUUGAGGAUGAAACUAAUGCAUUUUGUUAACAGCCUGCAUAACUACAUCAUGACUAGAAUUCUUCAUAGUACAGGUUUAGAAUUUCAACAUCAAGUAGAAGAAGCCAAAGAUUUAGACCAGCUGAUUAAAAUUCAUUACAGAUACCUUUCUACAAUCCAUGAUCGCUGCCUGCUGAGAGAAAAGGUUAGUUUUGUGAAAGAAGCUAUAAUGAAAGUGCUGAACCUAGUACUGAUGUUUGCAGACCGUUGGCAAGCUGGUUUGGGAGCUUGGAAGAUGGAAUCAAUAACGAAGAUGGAAUCUGACUUUAAAAACUGCCACAUGUUUCUUGUGACAGUACUGAACAAAGCAGUCUGCAGAGGUUCUUUCCCACAUUUGGAGUCUUUAGCCUUGUCACUCAUGGCUGGAAUGGAACAAAGUUAGUAAAAUGCAGAUGUGAUAAAACUACUCAAACGCCUGCAACUUCUUCUGUGUAACAUUGUAAUCAUCCAAUGCCGAUUGCUUGCAUGAAGUAUAUUUUGAACUGUGUGGCAGGGUUUUCAUUUUGAGUGGGAUUGCAGUAUUAUUUUUAGGAUGUACAUAUUUGUGCUUGAAACUGUAAAAACAGCAACACAUUCAUCUGUAAAUAAAACAUUGAAUGCAAUUAUU